CAUCCUGGUUACGAAAUUUGCCGUUUUUCUAGAAGCCUGUCAUUGGCUGUUUAAUUAUUUCUGAUUGGUUGUUUAAAGGCUAACGACAAGUGUCACUACCAGUAAUUUGAGGUUGAGCAAGUUUGCAAAGCGGUAUCUCCAAGCCUCCCCUGGGCUGACCCAGUCCAUAAUCAAGAAUCAACUAAUUCACUCACCAGCGUUAGGCCUAUCUGGAGUUAAGUACUUGCGGCUGAACCAUCGAGCAGAGAAAACUAAGUGAGUUGAUAAUGGAUGACAUGAUUGACAGCCUGAAAAAGAAGGAGUUUAUCAGUGUGUGUAUUCGGGAUCCUCACACGCAUAAAGCGGACUUCUGGCACACACACGUAGACUAUGAGAUCUGCCUACAUACGAACAGCAUGUGCUUCAGGAAGAAAACGUCCUGUGUUCGGCGGCGCUACAGUGAGUUUGUAUGGCUGCGUCAGAGACUGCAGGACAACGCAGUGCUCAUAACCCUUCCCAAACUGCCUCCUUGGAACCCAUUCUUCAGUUGGAGUAACAGUUGUCAGGUAGCUGAAAGGAUGAAGGGACUACAGAAGUUCUUGGAGGAUGUAAUGCAGAUUCCCUUGCUCCUGUCCAGCAGCCGACUGCACCUGUUUCUGCAGUCCCAGCUGAACAUCAUGAAGAUCGAGGCCUGCAUCCAAGGAAACAAGCGCUACACUGUCGCACAGGCGAUCCAGGGCUUUGCGUGUGAUUUGUCACCGUCCCCUUUUGAGGAGGACGAAAGUAAAAUUAGCUUUGAUUCAGAUUGUGAUAGCACCACCUCUUCUGGCUUUGGCCACAGCAUGGAGCCUGCAGUGUCCCUGAAUGAAGGCACUUCUGUUAGCGGUGACCACUGCUAUGAUGCCUAGCCCGUGGGCGGUACAGAAGAGCUCUUCAGCGGCCUGUAAGCAAGGCCUGGAGCUGACCCGAGAAGCAGCCCAGUCUCAACCUGCGUUUUCACGUGAACUACCACAGCAGACGCGCUCGCCACAAGUUCCUGGUCGCUCGUGUACCCUCGCAUUUCCUCAUUGUUGUUGCUGCUGGUAUGUGAGGCUGGCUGGUAGUGGCUAAGCAGGGAUUACAUGUUAUUUUACAUGUUUCGUCAUGGUCAUUUUUCUCAUGUCCGUUUCCUUUUUUUUUUAGAGACUUUAUAUAUAUCCUCGUUCUUAAUGUGUGGCCCAGUAGAGGGCGCUAGAAGCUCCUGCUCUCGGAGCAUGUUUUAAUUUUUUUCAGUCGCAAAGCAAUGUUAAGAGUCUCAGUCUUAAAGUGUUAAUGAAUUAAUGUUUUAUCUGCUGAACAUGCAGGAGCUUCUGAAGAUGACAUGACUGAAAAUAAUACACUUUUAUUUAAUUUAAAAUUUUUACUGUCGCAUAAACCUGUAUUGUAAAAAUAAAGUGUUUAUUUAGGGAAAA